AUCAGUAUGGGAAAUGCGACUUGAUCAUUGGGGAAACCAUACUGUGCGUAAACUGUGUCGUUUUGUUGAAACUUUCAAAUGAUUUGGCGCUUCUUUUUAGUCGGAUAGAAGUAUUGCCCAGUCCGACGUGUAGUGAGGAGACACGAAUUGAAGUUGAGUGGAACUAAAGUUUAACCUAAAGUUUUUGACUAGCUGCAAAAUGGCAGAAUCAUUGGAUGAUCAAAAUUUCUUUAACUGUCCAAUUUGUCUACAUAUUCUGAAGAACCCAGUCACUACGUCUUGUGGUCACAGUUUCUGUAUGGACUGUCUUAAUGAAUUCUGGGAUCAGGAAAUUCUGAAGGGCAUUUACAGCUGUCCCCAGUGCAGGCAUUCAUUCACCCCAAGACCAGCUCUCUGCAAAAAUACUGUUAUUGCUGAAGUUGUGGAGAGAAUGAAGAUUAAAGAAACAGCAACGGUCUCUCCUGUUUUAAGUUUUGCUGUGUCUGGGGAUGUGGAGUGUGAUAUCUGCACUGAGACCAAACUAAAAGCCAUUAAAUCUUGCCUGACAUGUUUGGCUUCUUACUGUGAAUCUCACAUCCAAAGUCAUUAUACAUCUCCUGCGUUAAAGUGGCACAAAUUGGCCAAUGCCUCACCACGUCUACUGGACCAGAUCUGCUCUCAACAUCAUAAGCCUCUGGAGCUGUACUGUUGUAAAGAUCAGCAGCUGAUAUGUAUGCAGUGUGCUCUGAUUAACCACCCGAACCACAGUAUGACUUCACCUGCGGCUGAACGACAAAACGUCCAGGUACGGUUGAAGAAAAGUCAGGUUGGAAUACAAUUGGAAAUACUUCAGCGUGAGAUGAAGGUGCAGGAAUUAAAACAGGCUAUGGCCUCCCAUAAGCGCUCUGCAGAGGCAGCAGUGAUUCACUGUGAGCAGGUUUUCGCAGCUCUAAUCAGCUCCUUGGAAAAAAAACGAGCUGAGAUAACAAAGAUGAUCAGAGCUCAGGAGAAAGCUGAAGUGAGUGAAGUUGAAGUACAUGUCAAAACACUGGAGCAGGAGAUCAGUUACUUGAAGAAGAGGCAUGAAGACCUGGAGAAGCUUUCAAAGGUCGACGAUGACAUCCAUGUCAUUAAGAAUUUCCUCUUUCUUUCCCAUUACUGGUGUUCAGACAUGUCCAAGAUGUCUGUCAGGCAGCUUCUGACAUUUGAGGAAAUAAGAAAAAUUAUCAGUGAGAUGAAAAUCCAACUGGACAUCCUCUGUAAAGAAGACUUUGUCAGGAUAUCAGAGAAAGUUCCCACAGUCCAUGUAAUGGUGAAUAAUAAAAAGACCAAAGAGUAUUUUCCAUCUCAACCCAAGACCAGAGAAGAGUUCCUGAUAUAUUCUUCUGAUCUGAAUCUGAAUAACUCGUCAGUCUCUGGUAGCCUUACUGUGAAAAACGACAAGUUUGUGACACGGUGCAAUGGUGGUUAUGGGUAUGGGUGUGGGAGUGACCAGGUGUCAUGUAAAGAGCAACUGUCUGGACGCUGUUAUUUUGAAGUUCAGUUGGCAGGAAAGGGUUGUUCUAUUGCAUUUUCAUAUUGCCAGAGUCAAAGAGAAACUUUUGGCUUUAACAACAUGUCCUGGAAAUGUGACUUUCCAGCAGCUAGUCUUUGUGUAUGGCACAAUUACAAACAGACAAACAUUUCCUUUGUCUCCAAAAUUGGAGUGUUUCUGGAUCAAGCAGCAGGAACUGUGUCCUUUUACAAUGUCUCUGAUAAAAUGACCCUCCUGCACAAAAUCCAGACCACAUUUACUAAGCCCCUCUAUGCUGGGUUUUCACUUAAGGAUUGGGGAAAUGACUCCUCAGUGACCAUUUGCGAUCUUUCAGUGAAUAAGUAGUCAGUGAUGGUAAGCAAAUGAAUAGUAAAUACAACAUAUAGCAAAAAAAUCCUUAAAGGGUUAGUUCACCCAAAAAUUUAAAUUCUGUUACAAUUUACUUUUCCUUUAAUUGAUCCACACAUGUUUGAGUUUCUCCUGUUAAACACAAUAGAAUAUAUUCUGAAGAAAGCUGGAAACCUGUAACUACUGACUCCCAUAGAAGUAUGGUCAUAGGUUUUCAGCUUUUUUUUAAAUAUCUUCUGAACAGAUUGAAUAAACUCCUAAAGGUUUCGAACCACUUAAGGGAAAGAGUAAAUAGUGAGUCAAUUUUCAUUUUUGAAUGAACUAUCUAUCCUUAAAGUAAAGGGGUAGUUACUAACUAAGCUAAAUAAGGUCUGUGGAAAACAUAUCUCGCCAGUAUUGAAUGAUUUGUUCUACAACAUAAACUAUGCAGACUCGCAUGCCAAAUAUUAUUUAGUCUCCAAUUAGAGAUAUAUGUUUUGUAAAAUAAACUAGCUUCAAAUUUUACUUUGUUGAUAUGGGGUUUCUAACUUAGGAUGUAGAGCAAAUGGUUCAAGUAUCAUCUAGUUGUGAUUGCCACAGAUGUUAUUCUACUCCUAAAUUGUAGAGGUCCAUAAAAUCUUAAAAGAAAAAUUGGCAAAUGUUUUGACAUCAUCUCUAUACUCAAUCAAAUUUAGUAUGUGCUUUCACAAAGCUUGGCUGAAGUAUAAUCAUGUAAAUAAAAGUUUAUGAAAGUUUGUAAGGGUUGGCCAUACAGUAUAAUUUUCGUUUCAUUUCUAUUUUGAAGUUGGGGCUUUUUCUUCUGAAAGUGGCUGAAAGCUUUUUCUUCUGUGGCAAGCACUUUUGUCUUCUGGUGUGACUGAAACUUGACAUCGUGUUGACUUCAGCCUGUUUCAGUGAUGUCAAGUCGGUUGCCAAGUUUCAGUUACUUGGGUGUUUAUGCUAAAAUUUAAUGCUUGUUUAACAGAAUUCCUUGUGUUUAGACUGACAUUUCAUUGUAUGUUAAAUGUAUUAUGAUUAAUAAUUUAUUUUUUUCUGUACCAACUGACAAAUUGUUUGUCUGCAUUGAGACUGAAUCAUUAAAGAAAUGUGAAGAU